AUGUCGUUGUUUGGUGCAUCGACGGCGACCAAUCCAACACAGAACAGUGCAGCUACUGCACUUCCUCGUUCCAUGUCGUUCACAGCAACAGGUAAUAAAGGAUUUUCAUUUGGAGCUCAAAAUGCUACGGGCACGCAAGCUCAGCCGAGUGGAUUAUUUGGUUCGGCUCCUUCCAAUAAUACGGGAGGUACUGGUCUUUUUGGAAGCGCAGCAUCCAAUACAGGAAGUCUUUUUGGACAAAAUACCACUCAGAAGAAUAAUACAGGUGGUUCAUUAUUUGGUCAAAACAAUACGUCUGCCAAUACUGGUAAUAGCUUGUUCGGGCAGAACGGUACCACAACAUCCAAUGCGGGCGGUGGUUUGUUUGGCCAGAACAAUACCUCCUCAACUGCAACAGGUGGCUUGUUUGGACAAAACAACAACUCUUCAACCACAACUAAUGGUGGAAUAUUCGGUCAGAACAACACUGCCCCGAGCGCCACGGGUGGUGGAUUGUUUGGUCAAAAUAAUGCGUCGGCAACUAACACGGGCGGUGGUCUUUUCGGUCAGAACAGCACAUUGCCAAAUACCAACAGUGGUGGUCUGUUCAACCAAAACAAUUCUUCUGCAUCCAACACUGGCGGGAGUCUGUUUGGCGCAGCAAAUGCACAGCCUUCUGCAAAUACAGGCAAUGGUCUCUUCGGACCAAACACGUCACAAACUAAUACGGGAAGUGGUCUCUUCGGUCAAAGCACCAAUACCGCGUCUUUAUUUGGCGCUCAACAAAAUGUUACAGGUCGAAAUUUGUUUGGAUCGCAGCCCACUUCAACCACUCUUGGCACAAGUUUGACAGCACCUUCGCAAAGUACGUCUCCUCUCAUGCAGUUUCCGUAUUACCAGAGAGAGCGGUAUAAUGAGUUACCUGAACCACAACGAGCGCUUUUGGAUUCCAUGGAGAAGUAUAUCUCAUCACAAAUGCAAAUCAAGCACGAGCUACGUGCGCGUAGUGCAAAUGAAAGCAUGCGUCAGCUGAUGGGCAACGUUCAUGAACUUAUGUCGGAGCAACAGGCGCUCUCAGCUGCUCUAGAAGCCGACUCAAUGAAGCUUCAGUCAGUUGUGAGCAAGGUUGAACAAGAUCGACAUGAUAAUGCCAUGAUGCACCAAGUCGCAUUGCAUGCAAGGGACAAGCUCAGUGAUGGUAACGGUUUUGUUGAUUGGCUUCGACGAUUUUAUGAGCGCGUUGCUGAAGACUACAUGGGUCGUAUCCAGCGAUAUCGCUCGACCAUGGAGCAACUCGAGCGAUACCUUUUGUCCAUUGACCAAACAGAACAAUUUGCACCGCAAGUAAUCUCUGAUAUUAUUCAUGAGCAAAACACUUUGUUCAUGUCCAUGGCCGAACAGGUUGCUACUUUGCACGCUGAGAUUGAUAUGCUGAAAAAAGACUAUGUAAAAUGGUACCAGGCCAGGUUUCAUUCGGUGAGAGACCCUUUCGCUCCUGUGGCUGCAGCUGCUACAGACCGCCCAUGA